AUGGAAUCUUCGACGACCGGUCUUGCUAGUGGGUCCGACGAAGAACUGGAUCGAAAUGGGUUGGUUCUUACCGCGGCUCCUGAGGGUGAAGAUGCGAAGAGGUUAAAGAGGAGGGAGGUGGAGAGGAGGCUGAGCAAAGGAAACGUUACCGUAAUCGACCUGUCUCUGAGUGAAGGAGAAGCUGAAGGCUCGAACACUGCUCCGCUGAAUCUGUCGGUCUUCGCGCAGAAAGCAAACGAAGAGUGCGGUGUGCUGGAGGGUUUGUUGGAAGAGGUUCGGCGAGAACGGAGUAGGGAGCUCGGUGGAAGGAACGGUGGUACCAUCAAGGGUCCGGUGUUGGCGAUGAUGGAAGAUAUGGUGGGCGAGGCGCAGAUGGUGCUGCAAAAGGAGGCUGCGAGGGAGGACGGUCGGUCUGAGGUCGACAAAGCGCACCAGAAAUUGCUAGGUAUUCUGUCGGACUUGGGGCUGGGAACCGACGCUGCGAACUUGACGAGUUGUACGCCACCACCUGAGGUCGAACCUGUUUCAAGAUUCGAAGGAUCUGAGCUGGAGAACGUCCACAAGCUCGGGACGUAUACGGUGAAGCGGUGGUCGCAUUGGUUCCAUGAUGAAAUGGCGAGGGGCGUUUUUGAGACUGGGUUGAGGAAGUUGGGCGUUGCUAAACAGGAAGGGAUUGAGUCGGAAGAUGGGAAGGUUGUUGAGGGUGCGGUGGGAGAUGAUGAGGUGUUGAAGAAGGGGGACGAGGGGACUGAGAUCGACGAGCUGAACCCGAGCCAAUAUCAGCCGCUUGUCGAAGUCGUUAGCGAGGAUGACGACGUCGAUCAGCUCGGUCCGAGUCAGUAUGUGGUGGGGGAACGGUCGGAUAUGGUAGUAGAGAUGGGUGAUGUAGAAAGUGAGACGGGUAGCGGAAAGGUGGGGUCGGGAGAAGUGGUUGAGAAAGAGGUAGAUGAAACGGGUGAUAUCUGGGUGGGAAGCAGCGGGCAGGGAGGUGUGGUAGACGAGGAGUUCGACGAGUUGCGGCCGUCGCAAUACGACGUUCAAUCGGGUGACGUGGAUGCUGGCAAGACUUGCGCGGUGGAAAGGACUGAGGACGUUCGGCGUGAGGAAGAGUUUGAAGAUGUGGAUCAGCUGCGUCCUUCUCAGUACGAAGAUGGUGCUGGCUUGACUGAGACGCAGGAGUUUGAAGAUGUCGAUCAGCUGCGUCCGUCUCAGUACGAAAAUGGUGCGGGAUUGACUGAGGCGCAGGGUGUCGUGACGGGAACUGGGCAGGAUGAGGAGAGAAUGGAAGGAAGCUCAAAGCGGAAGGAGAUCAGUCUGGAGAUCAGAAGACGUGUCAAGGAAUUCAACGAGAAAAAGGCGACAUGGACGGACUCCGAGAAACGUACCUUCAGGCUGAGGCAGAAGUGGGUGAGGCCUUCCCCCGUCGACGACAACGAUGAAGCCCGUUCGGUGAAGCGUGGGCGUGGAAUGUAA